AUGAGCGAAGAUCACACCUCACCACGGCAGUGUCGACAAAUACCCGACACGCCUUCAGUCUCGUCCUCGAAGUCGCCCUCGAGGGCAUCGUCCACAACUUCACCUGCGCCAGAGCCACUACUGCUAUCAUCAACACCACUGGCGGCGCAUUCCGCGUUCGCCCCAAAUCACGUCCGCCCGCUCCGCUCAAGCCCCACGGGUGUAUCAGCUGGCGCGACGAAGAAUGCAAUGGCAGCUUCACCUUUCCUCGCUCAACCGCCUUCCUUUCGACCGUCGAUGACUUCACAGUCUAGCUUCGCGACCAUGUCUGGGGGUACUACAGUCAACGCCUUUGAGCGCGAUCAACCAUCUUUCGCCGUCGGCACACCUUUCAACAACUCAGCGUCCUCGACAACUUCGGUCCUCAUCAGGCGCUUGCCCCUCAACACGUCGAAGGAGUCUAUACGUUUGAUGCUGGUUUUCUGCGAGGAACUAGUGGACGUGGAUGUGCUACCGGCAGAACAAUCUGCAGACCCUGGUUUUCGAAGUGCUUUGGUCAAGGUUAAGACGCCCGCUGGAGCGCAAAACAUCAAGAGCAUGCUUGAUGGCAAGUCUAACAUAUCCAAUGACGCCGAGCUCAUGGUUGAGAUUCUCGGUGUAAACUCUCCAAACGGCAGGCGAUACACGAACAGCGACGCGCCUACAUCUGCGUCAUCCUCGGCCACUUCGUCCGCCACUUCAUCCCGUCAGCCUUCACGAUUCAACGGCGCAGGAUCUUUCGGCUCUUCCGAAGCCAUGUCGCCUCCAAUCAAUGGUGCUUACGGGAAUGAUAUGUCCGCCUCAGAUACCAAUCACUUCCAGAACAUAUUUUCCCCUCAGUCGCCUAUUGGAAACCACCUAACCGACCAACGCACGCGCAUGUCGGGCAAGUCGCUCAUCAAUGACGCUGCAGAUGACGACGAGACGGGAGAGCUUCUCAAAGAUCCUCUUGCGUAUGCUGAGAAUGGUGCCAUGGCGACACAAGCGCGACGAGCAACCGCCCCGCAGCUUCCAAUCUCGCGUAUGGCAGGCCUGUCCCUCAACACCAAUGGCCACCCCAUGGCACAAUACGGCCCUUCGCCCGUUAGCCAGUUGUCUGCGCACACAAAUACUAUGUCACCCACGAUGUUGAAUGGAGCGGGUACUCCCACGAUGGGAUAUCUCGGGGGUCAUAGAUUUCCGGGCCACAGCUUCCCCCCCGUCAACCCUGCAGAUCAGAAUCCACCAUGCAACACGCUCUAUGUUGGGAAUCUGCCGAUCGACACUUCGGAGGAAGAGCUCAAGGCCACAUUCUCCAAGCAGCGGGGCUACAAGCGUCUGUGUUUCCGCACUAAGCAGAAUGGGCCUAUGUGCUUUGUUGAGUUUGAAGACGUAUCCUUCGCGACCAAGGCCCUACAUGAACUGUACGGUCACAUGUUGCACAACAGCGUCAAGGGCGGUAUCCGGCUCAGUUUCUCCAAAAAUCCUCUGGGAGUCCGAUCGGGUCAAAACCCGGUCGGUGCUGGCGUUACCAGCCCUCUAUCAUCAAUGAACAGUAUGAUGAAUGGCAAUGGGGUCGGCAAUUUCGCCACGGCAAAUGGACCGCCGCCAGGGCUCUCUGCACCACCUGGUCUUGGUGGUAUGGGUACCAGCCGUUCUUUGUCCACAUUUUCGCCUGUUACAUCUUCAGGCACGAAUGGUUCCAUGAUGACUGGCUCUUUGAACAACACGCCGUCGUCAGCUGCGCAGUUCUCGCCGCCAAGCAACAUCUGGAACACCCCUAAUUAUGGCAACACCAUGAUGGCGGGUGGUCCAACGCCAGUCACUGGCGGCUCUAGCAGCUUUCCUUCUUUCAUGAUGGGAAGAUAG